AUGUCGGAAACUCAGCAACUCAGUGUCGCUGAGGCACCCAGCGGCAUGGCACAACUGACUACACCCUCGAGGAGAGGCCACCGUCAUAAACGGUCGUUUGCCAUCUCUGGUGAUUUCGAGUUUUUGAAGCAACCCCCGGCGUCCGUGCCUCCAAUACCCACGUUUGUAUCGCCCGUGAAACCACGCAAUAGAGCAGACGGGUCAGUGAUGGGUACAGACGAUGACGAAGUCUCUGGUGACGCAAGGCAACCGAGAGUGUUACUGACGGAACCGAAGCUCAGUACGACGACGUAUUUGCUAAAGACACCACGGAAACUCGCAGAGCCAAUAAAUUCGCCCAGUCCGCGGUUUUUCAUCAGCGAGGAGCCCAGGUUCUCGUCACCUGUCAAGGGCGUGCCGGACGCCAUUAUCAAUCUGGACGAUGUCCUCAAGACUAAGCCAAGGUCGUUCAAAACGCAUCGCAGAACAGAAUCUGCGCCCGCCGAUUUGGAAAUUGUCUUCAACGCAAAAGGAAACCUUCCUAACGAUCAGAGAAUUGACGAGGAGGACGAUGACUCGGACUCGGUGAACAGUAAGAAGCAAAUUGUGCCAGGACUGAUGUCCCCACUACGACCAUCUUCGCCUACUUUCCAACGAAGUUUGUCCCCCGUGAAAACUCCAAGUAUGGUCUCCUCUGAGAUGGGCAGUAACGAUGCUGGCAGCAACAGCAGCAAUGCUGCCAAUGCCAACGACAAAUAUAAUUCUCUUAAGAUCAAGAGACAAAAACAGCGAUACUACUAUUACACAAAACAGUUACCCAUGACCACUAGGGCUGUCCCGCCACAGUCUCUCAGGGAACAAACAUCUGCAUCAUCGCUGGCCUCCAACGUUUCAAGAACUCCGAUGUCCCAGCCAUACACCCCUUGUAAACAAGAAUUGACGACGCCAGCGACCCCACUAUAUCUUCAAGAUCAAGUGACGAUCCACAUUCCCACGGUCAAUAACGGUGGCAGUAACUUGAAUGUGGGAAGCCACGGGACGUCACUAAAUUUUCUUGGAGAGAACACAAGGCGGCCCCUGAGUCCCGACUUCCAAGCACGGCAAAACAAGUCACAACUUCAACCCCCCAGUUUACGUUUCAACAGCGCUGGUCCAAGCAACCCGACGAUACGAAGAAACAGUGCCAAUGCUACUACAUCAUUCAAUUUUGAGAGUAAAGUGUACGACAUACGGUACGAUGAGGACGGUGUGAAACCGAAGAGGGAUGAGAUGUACGAUACAACAAAUUACAGUUCGAAGACGACGUUGAUCUCGGAAUUCCAGCAAGAUAAGGGUUCUGCUGUUUUGUCUGACGAGAUCUUGUUGGGUGAACCGGGCGACGAGGUCGAUUUGGCUUCAUUGAAUUCUACCCAAGAUAUAGUAGAUGGGAUGAAGCAGGUUUACAUCAGUAAGGGUCCGUCAACACACAGUUUACAAGCGUCAGUUACUCCGGAAUCCAGCAGCAUGAAAGAGGUCUCCAAGAAGCUUGAUCGCAAGACGGAGUUGAAGGGUGAAAUUAGAUCUUCUAGCGACAGUGCUCUCCCACAGGGCCAAUCGACUGCUAAAGUUGACACUGGUGCCAGAAAGAAGAAGCGGUCCCGGUUCAGUUCCUUCCUUACAAACAUACUGAAGUGA